AUGGGGGGUUUCGGCCAGCUCGUUACAGGUCCUCCCGGAAGCGGCAAGACGACGUACUGCAACGCCGUGCAGCAAUUCGUCGGGAGAUACGGGAUCCCUGUGUCGGUCGUGAACCUCGACCCGGCGAACGACCAGCCCAGCUACGAGUGCGCGGUGGACAUCCGCGACCUCAUCACGCUGGACGAGAUCCAGCGCGAGGCCGGCCUGGGCCCCAACGGCGGACUCGUGUUCGCGCUCGAGUUCCUCCGCGACGACCUCGCGUGGCUCGACGAGCGCCUCGCGCCGCUCCUCAAGGACCAGCACUACCUCCUCUUCGACUGCCCGGGCCAGGUCGAGCUCUUCUCGCUGCACUCGGCGCUCCAGGACGUCGUCACACACCUCACGCGCGGGGCCCCGGGGCUCUCGCUGGCGACCGUGCACCUCGUCGACGCGCUGCUGUGCGCGGACCCGAGCAAGUACGUCUCCGCGAUCCUCCUGUCGCUCUCGUCGAUGCUGCACGUGGAGCUCCCCCACGUCAACGUACUGAGCAAGGUGGAUCUCCUGAAGACGCAGCAGCACGCGGAGGGUUUCGACCUCGAGUACUUCUUGGAAGCGCGCGACCUCGGGCAUUUGAUAUCUGCGAUGGACUCGAGCGCCCUACUGCCGGAGCGGUUCCGCAGGAUGGCGGGGGAGAUCUGCGAGACGGUCGAGGACUUCGGCCUCAUGGGGUUCGAGGCGCUCGACGUGUCGGACCCGCGCAGCCUGAGCAAACUCCUGCGCGUCGUGCACGCCGCAAACGGCUUUGCGUACGCGCAGCCGGACGCGCCGUGGGAGGCCGGGGCGGGCGAGGACUGGGCGGCGCACGAGGAGGCUGAGGCGCGCGCGCGCCUCGCGGCCAUGGGCCUAAACAUGCCCCCGGAGCCAGGCUCAGUCGAGGGACGGGAGGUGGCGAGUGACGGCGGUACAUCGAUUGGCGACGCGGUGGCGGAACCGGCGAAGGGGGCGGCGCCGGGCGCGCGGAAGGCGGGCAAGGGCAUGCGGAAGGGGUUCCUGCUGUGA